AUGGUUGUGCUACAGAGAUGGGAGCCAAUCAUCUCUCGUACCUUCCCGUCACAUAUUCCUUUCUGGAUUACUCUCAAAGGCUUGCCUCUUCACUUCUGGCAUGAAUCAAUGAUAUACAACAUAGGGCAUGAGCUGGGAACUCUCGAAGACUACAAAAUAACAAAGACCUCUGCUAGAAUCCGUAUAUCACUAGAUGCGCUGAAACCGUUCUCAAAAGACUCCUUCAUAGACUUCCCCUCUGGUGAGGAAAUACCAAUAACCUUUGAGUACGAAAACAUGGCGAACCACUGCUCUAUCUGUAAUAUGCUGACCCACUCCUCGCGAAAUUGCGAUAGAAGACAAAAAUACACGGCAUCUAUCCCUAACGCUACCUCUGAAUCAAAGAUCAAGAAUAGAGAGUCCCGAGAUCCGGUGAGUCGACGCUACUCCUCACAAACUCGUAGAUCUCCUCCUCCCCGAAGGGCCCUAUCACCGUCAAGUAGGAAUCCAAACCAUAGUGAUGCAGCUUUCAACCAGAAAGUUGACAGACAUGGUAGACCCUAUGGAUAG